GGGGGUGGUCUUGAAGUCACCGCCCAGCAACAGUGGUGUGUGCUCCUCUUUCGCGACCCCUAAUCGUUGGAUUCUUGCUGCUAGAUCCAUCCGGGGAGCGAUCCAGGCGCGGCAAUGAAGGUCGAGCCGGAUGCUUGCGCCAAGUCCAUCGCCAGAGUAUGGAAGCCGAGAACGGUCUUGGUCACUGUUUCCUUCGUCAUGAUCACACUCUUUCUCUGUAGUUUGCUCGUCAGCGACCAAUACACCAACAUCAAUGGCAUUUGGGAUGGCUCCACGCUCAUGUUUGUCUCCAGCUCGAUCGCAUGCCGAAGCAAGAGAUGUCCGCGAGGGAGCGAGGCGCUACCACGCGGAAUUGUAGAGGCAGCGUCGGACAUGGAACUAAAACCACUGUGGAGAUCGUCCAAGAAAAAGGCCUUGCAAAAAAGCUUGUUAGCAAUCGCAGCUGGAAUCCAGCAGAAACGAGGCGUGGAUCAAAUCGCUCGAAAAUUUCCGGUGACGAACUUCACGAUAAUGCUGUUCCAUUACGACGGUGUCGUAGAUCGUUGGAGCGAUCUUCCCUGGUUCGGCAGUGCCAUCCAUAUUGUGGCCAUCAACCAGACAAAGUGGUGGUUUGCCAAACGGUUCAUGCAUCCAGAUGUUGUUUCGGCGUACGAGUUUAUUUUUGUGUGGGAUGAAGACCUCGGAGUAGAUCACUUCCGAGCAGACAGAUACCUCGAAAUCGUGAGGAAAGAAGGGCUGCAGAUAUCUCAACCGGCCUUGGAUCCAUCCCUCUCGUCCGAAGUCCAUCACCGAAUCACUGUCCGGAACAAGAAGACGAGGGUCCACCGGAGGAUCUACAUGAAUCGGGGAAGAGAGUAUUGUGGCAACAACAGUACACAACCUCCAUGUACAGGGUGGGUGGAGAUGAUGGCUCCCGUGUUUAGUCGUUCUGCAUGGCGAUGUGCCUGGCAUCUCAUUCAGAACGACCUCGUUCAUGGAUGGGGCAUGGAUAUGAAGCUCGGCUACUGUGCGGAGGGCGAUCCAACUAGGAAUGUUGGCGUUGUCGACACUCAGUAUCUCAUACACCGCGGCAUUCCAUCGCUCGGUGGUGGAGUCAUCCCCAUAAAAAAGAGCUCCGCCGACGACCAUACUCCUCCGCCGGCUGCUGGGUCGGGAGUUGACGCAAGAAAGGAGAUAAGGAGGCGUGCCCAGGCUGAAAUGAGGCUGUUCAAGAAGAGGUGGACGGCAGCUGUGAAGGACGACAAAUGCUGGAUCGAUCCAUACGACCGGCGGUCACGGAGGCAAUAGCAAUGAUCCUAGUGCGCCAUGCUCACCAAGGAAAGAAAGGUAAAUACAAAUGCUUUUUGGGAGGGAGCUUGUCUCACGGACCGAAUCGACGAGUGUCGUAGUCCGUCCGGCCUCACGCGCCGGGGGCUGCCUGUGCUUGCUCAGUCUCCUCCGUCCGUCCGGUACUUAUCGGUCGAGCCAUACGGCGUCCUGACGGUACCACCACGUCUGUCAUAACACCAGGUCGCGUGCAAUACGCUUUGAUCGUU